AUGGCCAACUACCUCACACAGGCCGUGAUCCCGAUGGCUAUCAUCGUCCUUUGCCUUGCGUGCUUUGUGUACUUUUGCAUUUUCAAGCUCAUGGCCAAGCCGCUGCCCUUUACGCUUGGUCGCCCGCUCCUCUCGAAUGAGUAUGAUCUCGCCAAUCGACAUGGCACCUCACCGAUCGCCACCUUUCUUGGUGCAAUCCACGGUCUGAACCGCCAAGACAUUGAAGAGCUGUGCGCAAUGCGAUACGCCAACGCGUGGCGCUGCCUCGUGUGCGCCUUUGAGAAUGCCGAGGUAUCGACGACGUGCGUGCUCUGCGACUCGGCCAAAGGUACUCUUCGCCACUUCUUAUGA